AUUGGUGAACGUAGGACGAGGAUCUAACCGGCUGUGGCGUUCUUCCAAGUACGCACCUUAUCAUCUGUCAUUCAGUUCCUCCCAAGUCCCAAGUCUUAAUAUUUCUCCAGAAGUACAGAUCCUCCUCGCGAGCAGAACUCAAUCGAUAAUCGCAGAAUAUGAUCCUCCUGUCGUAGUGCGAUUUACGGGGAAAUUUUUGGGCGGUGGGACGACGGCGAAGAGCCAGUUUUUAUGUCAGAAAGCAGACCGUUCGUCGUUUUUCCGUUCGCCAGCGAAGUGUCACAUCGUGUGUAGUAGCGUUUCGUAGAUUUCGCCCUUCACGGCAACCCCACGUUUCCACUUGUUUUAACUUGUGAGCGUCCGGUCGAGUGACUACAUCCUCGAAAAUGGAAGGCGGUUUCAACUCGUACCAGAACGGUUCUGACCGGAGGGAUUUCAACCAGACGGCCCAGAAGAUAGGCACCAACAUCCAGAAGAUAUUGCAGAACGUUGUGUCUAUGAAAAAGAUGGUCAACGUACUGGGGACUUUUCAGGAAACUCCUGAACUCAGACUGAAACUGCAUCAAAUACAACAUUACACCAAUAAUUUAGCGACAGACACUUCAGACAGUCUGAAGACGCUUAGCAACAUUCCAUUCCCACAGUCGACAGAAAAUAAAGAGUAUAAAAUGCAAAAAGAAAGGCUUGUGGAAGAAUUCAUGUCGGCUCUCAAUGCUUUCCAAGAGUCUCAGCGUCUUGCCCUUGAAAAAGAAAAGAAGGAUAUCGCUCAAAAGAAUGUGACCUCUUUACUUCCACCCCCUAACUCCACGCAUGGAACGUCCCAUGGCGACCAACUAAUAGAGCUUACACCCAGUGUAAAGACCCAGGCGCAGCUCCAGCAGGAGGAAAGGGAUAUUCGACUUCUUGAGCAGCAGAGGGCGGAAAUGUUACAAUUGGAGGACGAUAUAAGCAAAGUGAAUAAUAUUUUUAAAGAACUUGGGAAUAUGGUUCACAAUCAAGGCGAGUUUGUUGAUAGUAUAGAAGCAAAUGUUGAAUCAGCGAGCGUUUUUGUUUCUGAAGGUGCUACACAGUUAAGAGAGGCCCACAGAUUGAAGAGCAAGUUGAGGAAAUAUAAAUGUAUUCUGUUGUUAAUCCCAUUGACUUUUCUUAUUUGCCUUAUAAUAUUUCUUUCUUGGAAUUCAAAUUAAAAACAUCAAAUGGUAGUUGACAAAAAUUUUAACCUUUGGAAUGUAAAAGUAAUUUUCUCAUCUACUAAUCGAAAUUAAAAAUUAAUCUGUAAAGGCAACAACUUAAAACUUUUCAUGAAAUGAGAAAAUCUUUGUGAGAAUUUUUUGCCCAAACCUUUCCUGUUGGCUGCUAUACAACAAAAACUUUUUUUUUUUUUUUUUGUAUAAGGCUAAAAAAUUCUGUGAUACAA